CACACACAGACGCUACAUAUUCAAAGCAGAGGUAAGUAUAUUAUCUGUAUGUCCAUGGCCAUUAUAAUGUUGUAAGCGAAGUUGAUAGAACGUGAAAACAGUUAUUUGAGAUUACAUCAACGCCCGAAAAAAGCAAAAUGGUCGGCUGCGAGCUGCAACAGUUUCCAGUGGAGAAGGAAUAUGUUAAGAACAAGGAUAUCAAACCCGAGGACGUUAAAGAGCUGAGACAAUGGCUCCAAACUCAGCCGCAUCUGCCAGCGGAACACAUCACAGAUUUAGAUCUUAUCUUGGCCUAUCACUGCUGCGGUCGUAGUACUGGUACGACCAAGCAGGUUUUGGACCUCCACUACACCCUCAACACGCUGUUUGCUUGCUACUUCAAGGAUCGGAAACUAGACUCCAAUAUACGCGAAGCCCUCAACAAUGUGCUUAUGACAUUUUUGCCGACUCUAACAAACGACGGAGAUACUGUGAUGUUUAUACGUAUGAUAAAUGUCGACCCUAAAGUGUUUGAUUUCGGGCUGUGGAUAAAAUUAGUCUUCCUACUGAUAGAUCUAAAACAGUACGUGGAAGGGACCUUCAAAGGACUCGUCCUGGUUGUGGACUUCGGCGUCGUGUCUCUACGGCACAUUACUAAAAUCGAUAUAACUAAUUUAAGACAGCUGCUUUAUUAUUUACAGGAAGCUCUGUUCCUGAAUUUAAAAGGAAUGCACUUCAUAAACUCCCCGAGUUUUAUCGACAGACUGAUCGUCAUGAUGAAGCCGUUUAUGAAGAAGGAACUUCUAGACAGCUUCCAAAUACACACAGCUGGUACCAAAACAAUUGAAAAAUUGGUACCCAUCUCUGCCUUCCCAAAAGAAUGUGGGGGGGACUACAAAUCAAUUGAAGAAAUUAAAGCUGAAACAAUUAAGUUUGUAGAAGCAGCUGGAGAUUUCUUUGAAAAGGAUAACAAGAAAACAGUAAAUGAAGCUCUCAGACCAGGAAGGGCAAAGACUAUAUCAGACAUCUUCCAAGGAGUAGAAGGCUCUUUCAAGAAACUGGAUAUUGACUAAAAUUGUAGCAAUUUGAUACAGCUAAAUUUUGACAAAUGUUUGAACAUGGAUUUGUAUGAAAAUCUCACAUUGGCAUAAUUUGACUUUAAUAACAGAUAUUAUUUAGAAAAGUCAAGCAUGAAAUCAACAGUAGAUAACAUCUUGUGGUUUGAUUGUGAAAUAAAGUUGGAUGGAGCUGCAUCUCUCGUAUUUUUUUAUUUUUUUAACGGUAUGGAAUAUGAAAUUGAGUUUAUUUAACAAAGCGGUUUUCUUUGUUUCGCUAUAGAAAGUUGUUAUUUUAUAAAAAACAUAAAUAAAUUAUUGUUAAAUA